AUCAAGUUGGGACCAGGGCUGCCAAUGCUGGUCAACUCAGUAUUCGGUUGGAUCGUCACGGGGAAGGUUUCGGAAGCUCCGAGUAAGGCAGUAAGCUGUUGCUUAGCGGCAGCUCCGGAUAACUUGGAAGUACAGUUGCAGAAGUUUUGGGAGAUCGAGAGUAAUGAAGAACGAGCGGCUUGGUCAAAGGAGGAACAGGACAGCGAAGAUCAUUUCUUGAGAACAUUCAGCCGUACGGAGGAAGGUCGGUACGUCGUACGUCUACCUAAGCACGUGAAUUUCGAGCAGAUGUUGGGCGACUCUCGCGCAAUGGCGCUAACGCGAUUCAAGAGAUUGGAAAAGCAACUGGAGAGGAAUCUGGAGAUGCGGUUGCAGUACAAUGCAUUCAUGCAAGAAUAUUUGGAUCUUGGGCAUAUGAGAGAAGUCAGUGAAGAUGCAAUUCAGAAGGAGGCAGCGGCAACAAGUGCGAAAAAGGUGUACUUCUUGUCACACCAUGCAGUGCUUAAGGAAUCAAGCACCACUACAAAAGUACGCGUCGUCUUCGAUGGUUCGGCCAGCACGGACAGAGAAUCAGUCCUCUGGAGUCGAUGGUCGGAGGAAUGGGUGGUACUCUACGACGAUUCAACGAUGGCCUGGUUUACGGAACCAGGCCGAUCGUCACCGGCGGGCAAGAUCCUCGUCAAGGAAGCACCGGAAAUGCUCGCGAUAGCACACUGGACCGGGCAGAUUCCACGGCGGCCACCACUGCCCGAGGGAGUUAGCCUGUCGCAGCUCAUCGCCCUCGGAUCGCGGCGGAAACGGUCCAAGGUGUACUGGAUGAUUGCCAAGAGCGAGGAGGAAGUCAGCGACUGGAUUGCAGCAAUUACAAAAACGCUUCCGCCACCACCGCAGAUCGAGCUGGUAGUCGACAAGCCACACCUGAUGGGAGUGCUGCGGAGGCCAAUCGUUCGGAUACGACCCGCCACCAGUUCGGAGGUGUCGGCCCGGCGGAAAAAUCGCACCAGCAUCGAGAACAACACGACCAAGGUGCGCAGCGAGGCGGCCGUGGCCAUCAUCAAGAAGACCACCCAGGAGAACUCGGAACCGAAGGGAUCGUUGGCCUGUGCACUGCCCUGGGGCCACGGCUGGGGUUGGGCGACCCUGCCGAAUGGCAUCUGGAGCGGAGCACUGACCUGGUCCCAGUGUGAGGACUCGAUCACGCUGCACGCCCUGCCGACGACGCACUGCACCAACAUGAUCGAGGCCCCGUGCGCCGGUGGAAUCUACCACACCGACAUCAGCCCGUUCGACAUCAACGGCAUCGAGGACGUCGGCGGCGAGGACUUCGACUACGCGAUGGACUGCGGCGAUUUCAUCUUCUAAAUUCACACACACAAAGACACACCUACACACCUACAUAUCCAAGGCCAAUGACCUAGGACACAGCACGAGAUCGAUAAUGCAGAAUUGGUUUAGAUUAGUAGAUUUAAAUGUACGUUCGGUCGGAGGAAUUUCACGAGCCACGAAGUCGAGUGCAAAACCAAUGGAAAUUUGAUACGAGAUAUUUUUUGUUUUUGUUUUUCUCUUGUGAGAAACAACGUAAACAAGCAUAUUCGAGCACAUUUGUACACAUCCACACGUAAUAACACACCGUCAUUGCAUCGCAGCGCGGAGCAGAAAUAGAAGUGAAGAACGGAAGUGCGGCGAAGGAAGAACCGGCCUCGGAUUGGCGCCUCCCUGACACCUGCUGCUGCCGCUGAAUGGAAUCCAAAUAAUUAGCUGUAUUUUAG